AUGGCGGCCAUCAUCUCACAGCAGAAUGGCCCCGGCUUUUUCCUCGAGUGGAACGACCGCAGACCAACACGGGUCCACACCAUGAUGAACUACUGUUUGUUUGUUGUCAAGGUCCAUACUCUGCCAAACUCCACAGUGCGAAUUAGCAACGGCCAGCUGGUCAACAUGGACAUUAAGCUGUCUGUCCCAACCGACAACCGUGACAGCACCGGUGCAGUCAUCUAUCGCCAGGUGGAUGCCAAGGAUAUGCCUUACUACAUUCACUACCCUGUUUCUGAGAGACUGCACCAAGUGUCUGAGACCUGUGGUCUCAUUCAUUGCGAUGACUUCUGGUUCAAGUGGCCGGGGACCUUCAAGCUUGAGAUCAGUUUGUCCCUGGAGGGCCCUGUCUUUCUGGGCCAGUGCACGCUGGCACCUUUUGAGGUUACGAUGUCGGAUCAGCCAGGGAAUAUGGAAUCUGAUAAUUGGGAGGAAUCAAUCUUGCUAGAGCUGAUGAAAGCACCCUUCUCACCUGCAAGCAAACAGUUAUCCGAGACAGAAGAGGAUGGAACCAUAUCGACUCUGAGCAUCUGGACUUAUAAUCAGGCCAUUUCCUUGAUUCGGAUCCUUUCUUCUCUACCCGAGAAAGCCUCUUUUGCGAAUUUCGGAUACGAAGAUACCAUCUUAAUCACGCUCAUCCUAGGCCAGGCGUAUAUAGAAACUCUACUUCAGAUAUACGCGCUCAUUUUACUUUUACUUCCGUCUGGACGGACAACAUACGUCUACCCCUUAUCAUCAAGGGAUUCAACUGCCAGUUUUAACCCCUCCGACUGGAUAGUGUUAAACGAGCCCUUCCCAGACCUUUUCGUCAAGAUUUCCAUCCGCGAGGGCUGCAACGAGAGGUUCACCGGCGACGAGCCCAUCCACCUCGACAACAUCAUCCUCAAAAUCUACGAUCCGGAGAAGAAAUUCGAUUGCCACACCGAACCCGACUCUGCCGGCUACCGCGAGAUAUACGGCCUCGGGGUGGCCAACCAUGCCACGAGGAAAAAGGACUAUACGGCAGAACUCCCAGGAAAGGAAGUGACUAUCAGGGUCCAGAACUUUUGUUUCUUGCAGGAGGCCCGGUACAAGGUCGCGUUCAAUGUCUCCCUCGGUAAUGUCCACUUGGGCACCACCCAGGAACAAUUCGUCCAUCCCCGGAAAAGUGUGAGACCGGUCGAAGAACCGGAAGAGGUUGUUGAUCCGAUCUGA